UGUCAGAAACUUGUGUUUAGGGUUAUGUUAGUGUAAACACCGUUUUUUGUUGCAGGAAAAACAAAUAGAUUUUUUAUAUAUUUAACGAAUAAUGACUUCUUUAAAGCACAUUUGUAAACAAGCAUUUAUUAAACCAAAUAAUAAACAUUUUUUUUUAAAAAGAAAUAUUGCUUCAACAACAUUAAAUGAAAACUAUUCUAAUAACUAUGACAUAAUUAUUGCUGGAGGAGGAAUUGUUGGAUGUUCUCUUGCUUGUACCUUAGGAAAAAAUAAUAAAUUAUCAAAUAAGAGAAUUCUUCUUAUCGAAUCUUCAAAAAACACACCUUUCACUUUACCUGAAAAAUACAGUAAUCGAGUUGUAUCUCUAAAUCCAGGGACAAAAAAAUUGUUAACUGACAUAGAUGCUUGGAGGCACAUAGAAUCUGCUAGAUUCGGCAUAGUCAAAAGACUUCAGGUUACAGAUGCACUGUCUGAUGCAUCAAUAUGCUUUGGAGAAGAAACAUCUUCUGAAAAUGUGUCUUACAUCAUUGAAAAUAAUCUUCUAAUAUAUGCUGUCAAAAAAGAACUGGAAAGGUUAAAAAAUGUUGAAGUACUAUAUGAAGAAAAAAUAAAAGAAUAUCAUUUACCAGAUGCUGCUGAGAGCCAUGUUAAUCUUCAUCUUGAGAAUGGUGGACAAUAUAGUUGUGAUUUAUUGAUUGGAUGUGAUGGUUUAAAUUCUCGAGUGAGAGAAGCCAUGGGUGUUCAAUAUUUGAACUGGAACUAUAAUAAUGUGGGUAUUGUUGCAACUCUUAAGUUCUCUGAAGAAAUUAACAACUGUAUUGCUUGGCAACGAUUUUUACCUACAGGUCCCUUAGCUUUAUUACCUCUUACUAGUUCCAUGAGCUCUUUAGUUUGGGCCACAACAAAAGAGCAUGCUCAACAAUUAUUGGGAAUGUCCAAUGAGCAAUUUGUUGAUGCCCUUAACGAAGCGUUGUGGAAAGUGUAUCAACGGAGUAAUAUAAUUGAUCGAACAUUAAAAGCAUUUGAUACUUUGCUGAGAGCUUCCAAUAUACCGGCAGACUUACAUCGUAGAUACCCUCCAAAGAUUGAUUCGAUUGAUGGUCGAGCUCGUUUUCCUCUCGGAUUCGGCCACGCUACUAACUAUAUUGGAAAAGGAGUAGCACUAGUGGGAGAUGCUGCUCACCGAAUACAUCCCUUAGCUGGACAAGGUGUCAAUUUAGGAUUUGGCGAUAUUUCCUGUUUAAACAAAGUAUUAAGCGAUGCGAUUUAUGCAGGUUCUUCAUUAGGUAAUGUCAGCUUUCUUAGAGACUAUGAAAGUGAAAGGCAAAAGUACAACGUAGGCAUGAUGGCAGUUGUUGAGGGAAUGUACAGAUUGUAUAGGACGGAUUUCACCCCUAUUGUACUUCUAAGAAGUUUAGGGUUGCAAGCAACAGAUGUUUUUUAUCCCAUUAAGAAAAUGAUGGUUAACCAGGCAUCUUUGUAGAGGAAUACUACAUCUCAAUCAAAAUGAACCAAAAGAAAAUAUAAAUAUAUUUUUCAUAUUGUUACAAAAAUAUAGAAAUAGUUUUAUAAUGAGAGUAAUUACAUGUCAACAUUAAUUUGAAUUGGAAUUGAUAUGAAUUUUAUUAUAUUAUUUGAUGUUAUG